AUGAUCUUUCACUUGCCCAGGCACGCUAGGAUCAUCUUGGACGGCAGCUGCGGCUCACAUCUCGGUACCUACGAAGCUGCCUUUAUCCUUUCCCUCACUUUCGGGGACCUAGUGUGGUCCGAAUUCAACGAUGGAACGAGUCUUGGUGAAACCCAGUGGGAACCGCUCCCGAGCUCACACUGUAGCUUUUCUGGGCGCAUUCAUCGAUUAAGCUCGGCACCUGUUAGUGAACAGGUGCCUAUUGGAUCUGACAAGACGUUAACCAUGUGCUCUGCAACCUUGCUCAGCGUCAUGGUCCACGCCUGCCCCGGGUUGCCCAGGUUGCCCAGGCCAAAAGACUGGUAUUGGGACGCCAAGGAUACGCCCCCAUUUCCAGAUUGCACCUGCACUUGGUGA